AUGCUAUCCUUCCAACACCUCCAACUGGGCACCCUCCUCCAAGCUACCUUCCUCCUAGGAAUGAACACAGCCCUCUCCACCAUCUCAAUCCCUUCCAUCCUCGAGUCUCCCUCCCCCAUCCUCGCCAUCCGCCAAUGGCACACGCAAUUCCGCUCCGCGCAGAUCCCUGCGACCUCUCUAUCCGGAUCCAACCUCAUCUUAUCUGCUAUCAUGACCUACGGAUCCUCCCAACGCUCUGGGUUGUUGGCAACACCGACCAUCCUGUACGGUGUCGGCAGUGUUCUGGCGUUCCUGAUCUUUCCUUUCACGCUCCAUUACAUGAACCCGUUGAAUGAUGUUCUCAUUGAGAAGUUCAAGGCCCAAGAGGAUUUGCAUUAUGCGGAUCUGCCUGAGAAAGGCAAGGGAAUGCAGACUGCUAGGGACCACGACAAGAUUGCUUACUGGGGGUACUUGAACCGCGUUAGGAUUGUGCUUUACGCUGGGUUUGUUGCUGUUCACGCGGUCGCCCUCUUGGCUUAA